UGGACAAGAGGUCUGGAGUGGAGAGAUGAAGGGCUCUCCUUAUUGGAGUCAGAAAGGAGGGCAAGGACACCUACCUCCCAAGAAGACAGAGUGAGACGGAUCAAGGAAGCUCUUGACUGGGAUUGGGGGGUGGGAAGGGAGACUGGGCCUACAGGGCAACUCUCUCUCUCCCUCAUUUUUCCUUUAGAAGGUUUGAAGGGGGGCCCAAGUAGGAGAAGGUCCAGUGAGAGAGAGAGAAAGAGAGAGAGAGAGAGAAAGAGAGAGAGAGAUUGAGAGAAAGAGAGAGAGGGGGGCCAGAGUCUGGUAUUUUUAGCUCCAAAGAACAAGGGCAGCUGGGAAGGGAAGAAGAUUUGGGGUGGAUGGGCAGCUGUUUUGAAGGAAUGCCUGGCUCCAGGCAGCUAUAGACCAGGAAAGAUUUAGGAAGGGACAGAGGACAUUGCAUUUAUCUGGGUCCAGAUCCCACCUCUGUCUCUGUGUGGAUGCUUGGGAUGUCGAGGCAUGUUGCUUCCCCCUCUGAUCCUGCUUCCUCACCUGAGAAGCUGAGAUGAACACUUGUAGGAAUAUCAAACAUUUAUGAAUGUUUGAAGGUGACCAGGUUGAGAGGUAACCACUGGGGGCUACCCAGAGUGGCUGCCACUCACCCAAAGAGGGGCCAGUCUUCCUCUAGAAAGACUAUUCUUACCAUCGGUACAUAUAAACCACCAUCAUGUCUGGUAUUCCCUUCGUGGGUAACACCUUCCCAAAACACACCAUCCAACCCAAAUGCCUCAGCUGCCCUGGUCACCCCUAUUGUUCCGUCUGUCCAAGCCGGAAGGAUCGGAGCAAAUCAUCCAACAAGACUCAUGGGAAGCCCCCUGAGAAACACAGCAGCAGCUCCAAGGCUGAAACUACUGCCAAGGACGCCGCCACCGAGUGUGCCCUGAAACCAGCCUGCCGGGGUCGCCCUCACUGCAUGCUCUGCAUGGACCGUCCUGAAAACCCCUCCUUCUUGGACUGCAUCAUCGAAGGCAUAGAUUACCUGGACCGCUCCCUGAACGACAUGGGCUCAGCCCAGCCCAGCAAGUCCGGCAGCAAGUCCAGCAGCAAGUCCGGCGGCAAGUCCAAAUCCAAAGCGGAGGAGGCUCGGGGCGGCGCCUCGAGUAAAAAGUCACCCACCACCAGCCCCUCCAAGACCAGCCAGGACCAAGGCCAGCAGAACCCUAGCUCCACCUCUCUGCAAUGCCGCCCCGACAGCAAGGGCAGCCUCUCCACCACGGUGCUCCCCAAGGCGGGGGCCACGAACUUGCAGGAAGAUCCUUGGAUGGGGGCGAGCAUCCCAAUUAGUCAUAUACCCAAGCUCUUUGAGAAAAUUCGUGCGGGGUGGGCUGCCCCGCCUGACCCUAAUGCAGCUCUGUGGUGGUAAAAUUAGUUCCAACUAGGAGACUUGUUUUCUCCCUGCAAAAUAAAGCAUUUUUAGCAAGGCA